ACAAAAAUGGUGAAAAUAUUAGGUAUAGUACUGCUAUUACAGGCAGCCGCAUACUGUGUAGAUUCAUAUAUUAUUUCAGAAGAUUAUACCGUAACUGUGGAUACCAAUUAUGGAAAAGUAAAAGGUGGCUUUGGAGCUAGAUCACAUGCAAAUAAAUCUGAAAUUCUGUAUUGGUUUAGAAGUAUUCCAUUCGCCGAACCUCCAGUUGGAAAUUUAAGAUUUGCUGCACCUGUACCAAAAGCCAAAUGGUCAGAAGUUUUAGAUGUACGACAUAAAUCGCAGGAAUGUAUUCAAGGUUCUUCACCUGUAUCCGGCAAAGAAGAUUGCUUGUAUUUAAAAAUAUAUAGCCGUCACAGACCAAACAAAUACCUCAACCUUCCAGUAGUUGUAUGGAUUUACGGAGGGGCUUUCUUCGAAGGCUCUGCAGAUUUUGACGAUCACCGACCUGAUUUCCUUCUUAAUGAAGAUGUCAUCGUCGCAGCUGUUCAGUAUCGACUUGGAUUUUUGGGUUUCAUGUCGCUUGGAGAUACUGUAGCUCCAGGAAAUAAUGGUAUUAAGGACCAGAUAUUAGGGCUUAAAUGGAUUAAGGAAAAUAUUAAAAACUUUGGAGGAGAUCCCAAUAAAAUAACCAUUUGGGGUCAAAGCGCGGGAGCCGCUUCUGUGGCUUAUUUAUUGCAGGCUAAACAAACAAAAGGCCUGUUUAGUAAAGCAAUUCUCAACUCUGGAUCUAGUUUAAGCCCUUGGUCGUUAGCAAAAGAUCUUCCAGACGCCACCAAAGAAGUGGCGAAAAAAUUAAACGUAAAUACGAGAACAUCUUCGAAUAUUCUAGAAUCAUUAAGACAAGUUGAUGCCAAAGAAUUACAAGAAGCUGCGUCUUCUGUAAUGAAGCAGAAAUUAAUUUUAAGUAAUCCACUGCAAGGAUUGGUUUUUACCCCGGUUAUAGAACCAAAUCACGACGAUGCAGUAAUAACUGAAUAUUCCCACGAACUACUAAAGGGAGGGAAAUUUCACCAUGUACCCAUCCUAGCAGGUUAUACAUCAUUGGAGGGAUAUUUCGAGGAAUUGGCAGCACUUUUUAGGCUCUGGGUAGCGAAAUAUGAUUUAUAUCAUCCACAACUUGUUCCUGAUGACAUGAACCUUCUUCCAAUUACAAAAGCUAUUAUAGCUGAAAGUAUAAAGAAUAAAUAUUUUGGUAUAUUACCAAUUGCCUUAAGCACAGAAAAACUCAUGAGGUUUAUUGCAGACACACAAUUUGAAAAACCAAUUCAAGAAGCUCUUAGACUUUAUUCCGCUUACACAAAAGUAUAUGCUUAUCAUUUCUCCUACGAAGGACCACUAUGGGGUCGCACCAAUCGUACUUAUAACGGUGUUGGUCAUAGUGAAGAUUUGGCCUAUAUAUUUGACUAUAACAUAAAAGGAAGUGAAGAAGAUUACUUGACAAGAAAACGAGUAGUGAAGCUAUGGGCUAACUUCAUUAAAUACGGCAACCCAACUCCAAAGCGUGAAUCAUUAUUGCAGAAUGUCAUUUGGCCAGGAAAUUCUGUUAUAGAAAAGGCCGAAAAUUUGGAAUUUUUAGAAAUUAACAGUGAUCUAAAGAUUAAAGGUAUUCCAAAUGAAGACAAAAUUUUAUUUUGGAACGAUUUGUAUAGGAAAUAUGGAAGACUUCCAUAUUCUACUUUUUAAUGCGUAUAGAUUACUUACUGCUGUUGAUUUUAUGUUAUUUUAGCUAAAAUCUGUGAAUGAAGUAUCUACAAAUAAAU